AUGUCGCUUAGUCUUCAGGGACUGCCCGACAUGCUAGUCUGUAACAGAUCGCACCUGGAGGAUUUUUGCCAAAAAAUUACCAAAAGAACAGCUAAGUUCAAUGAGAUCGAGCCCAUUGUCCUCUACGCGGCUAAUGCAUGGGCAGACGCGGCGAAUAAGGCAUACAUUAUUAAAAAACUAGAUACGGUACAGAGAAGCUUUGCCAUCAAAAUAUGUAGGGCAUACAGAACAACUCCACUCAGCUCCCUCAGAGUGCUGUCAGGUUUGCUCCCCCUAGACCUAAGAGCACACGAAAACAAAACCUUAUAUGAAAUUAAAAAGGGGUACACGGCCUGCGAGCACCUGAAAGGAGCCGAGGUGGAAAUAAAAACACCUUUCUGCAAAACUUCCCAUCCGGCAACGGCAGCAUUGGAAUAUGUUAUCCUGUUCAAUGAAGAACUUACAAUAAACGGUAGUAGUCUACAAAUAUAUACGGAUGGUAGCAAGACGGAAGAAGGGGUGGGUGCUGCGAUCUCCCUUUGGAAAGGAGACAUUGAAAUAAAGAGCCAAAAGCUGCAUUUGGCACAUUUUUGCACUGUGUACCAAGCAGAGCUGAUGGCGUUAAAAAGAGCGGCGCAACUAGCGGUGCAGCGGAAGGAAACUGAGGUCCUCAUUUACAGUGACUCAAGGUCUGCGUUGGAUGCGGUUGUGGGGGGACGCUCUUUCGAUCCCCUUGUCACCGAGAUUCGCGAACUUCUUAUCCAACACUCAGAAAAGAACAUCAAACUUUUCUGGGUUAAAGCACACGCGGGGAGGAGGGGGAACGAAAGAGCGGACCAGUUGGCCAAAGAAGCCACAGGCGCAAAGCAGAAACCGGUCUACGACCGCUGCCCGAUAUCAUACGUUAAAAAGUUAAUACGCGAAAACACGGUGCAAAAAUGGGUCACGAAACAGUCCAAUGAAACAACCGGGGUGACAACUAGGAUGUUCUUGCCCGACCCGGAGACUGCGUACAGAAUUGUAAGAUCCAAAGGAUUUAAUCCUAUAAUGACUCAAAUAUUAACAGGGCAUGGAGCCUUCGCGGAAUACCUCCACCGUUUUAAAAUAAAACCAAGUCCCGCAUGUGAAUGCGACGAAAACGUGUUACAAACGGUGGAGCAUCUCCUAACAGAGUGCCCCAUAUUCACCAUACAAAGACACAAUCUGGAGCAGACCGCGGGAAUGCGGAUAGCGCGUAAUGUGCUGCCCGACAUCCUUGCGGGGCACAGAUUGGCCUUGGAAAAUUUUUGUGAGCGGAUUCUGGAUCGGACGAGACGAUUUAAUGGCGCUCAAACUAUUGACAAACAAAAUAAUAGUAAGGAUACAACAAAAAUCUAA